UGGUGUGUAUGUGUGCAUAUCAUAUUGCUAUAUAUUGCUUGUUUUGUGAUGUGUGUGUGUGUACGUUGGGGGGAGUUACGGGGUUAAAUCCGAAUCUAAUUGGUUAGAUAAUUUGUAUUUGUUCUUGCAUCUACUUAUGUAUGUACUGUGUGCUUCCUCUUUUAGGAAUGAAACACUGCUGAACUUGAGUCAAGACCCCAUUAGUGAUUUUAUUUUUUGAUUAGUUGUAGAUUAAAUAAAGAGGGAAGAUAUUUUCUGGGAGUAUGAAGUUCUCUUAUGUUUGAAAUGAAGACAGGACGGAGUGCCCCUGAUGCACAUCGCAGAUGUGCUAUUCCGUGAGGAUUCGAUUAUGUGGGCUAUACUGAGCAAUGAACACACUUGCCAUAUGUUUCCUUCACAGAUCAACAUAAUGGCUGCUGGUUUCUUCCUUUUUCUUCACUGCAUCACCGCCUCAGCGUUGGAAUCUGGUUCCGUCCAAGACUCACCCAUUAAGUACCCACAUCUCACUGACUGUGUGUCUGCCAACAUGGAGACUUUCUACUGCAGAUGGGAUGUUGGUACGUUGCAGAACAUCUCCAAGCCAGAAGAUGUGCGCUUAUUCUACAUUAUCAAAUUACCCCUGUCCACAUAUUCUAAAGAGUGGAGCGAGUGUCCUCAUUACUCCACAGAGAGGUUCAACGAGUGUUUCUUCAAUGAAAACCAUACUUCUGUCUGGAUAGAUUACACCAUUCAGCUCCGCUCAAGAGAUCAAACUAUCCUCUAUGAUGAGAAACGCUUUAAUGUUGAGGACAUUGUGCAACCUGAUCCGCCUCUCGGGCUGAACUGGACAUUGCUGAAUAUGAGUUUGACUGGCAACUUCUAUGAUAUCAUGCUCAGUUGGGAGCCGCCUCCAUCUGCAGAUGUGAAGAUGGGAUGGAUGACAUUGCAGUAUGAGAUCCAACACCGCAAAGUCAAUUCUGAACGCUGGGAUACGGCGGAGCCUGUAAAAACCACACAUUGUUCCCUGUAUGGGCUUCAAAGUAAUGUAAAUUAUGAAGUUCGGGUUCGCUGCAAAAAGCUCGGCGAGAAGAAGUUCGGAGGGUUCAGUGAUUCUAUAUUUGUCCACGCCACAUCUGAAGUAUCGAGAUUUCCUUUGUUGGCUUUACUCAUCUUUGGCACCUUGUGCUUGGUAGCCGUCCUGAUGUUGGUCAUCUUAUCGCAGCAGCAAAAAUUGAUGGUCAUUCUUCUCCCACCUGUUCCUGGACCUAAAAUAAGAGGAAUUGACCCUGAGCUACUCAAGAAGGGGAAGAUAAAGGAGUUGACAUCCGUCCUGGGCUGUCCUCCUGAUCUGAGACCAGAGCUGUACACCAAUGACCCCUGGGUGGAAUUCAUCGAUCUGGACUUUGAGGAACAGGGCGACAAACUAACAAACCUGGACACGGUGUUUCUCAUGGAUCGAUCUCUGUUUUCCAACUGUUCAAAUCUUUCCAUCGGUUUCAGGGAUGAUGACUCAGGUCAUGCAAGCUGCUGUGAUCCUGAUCUUACCAAUGAUGCAGAAACAUCACAUUUGAAUUCUCUUGCCACAAACCAAAUCCGCAAUAGAGAUCCGGCUACUACUUCUGGACCUUGCUCUAUAAGCCCAAGCACCACAGCAGGAGAUCUUCCUUCAGAAGACCCUGUCAGGCAGGCUUUGUAUACACAGGUAAGCGAGAUUAGGCCAUCUGGGAAAGUCCUGUUGUCUCCUGAGGAUGAGAUGGAGAAAAACACAGUCAACGAUGCUGAAGAAAUCAAAACGGCAGAAAAAAAGGAGGACAAGAACACUUUUCAGCUCCGUGGAAUAUAUAGCUCGGAGGUCAAUGCAGUAAAAACGAGCCCAUCUUUGCCCGUAUGCAAUUUCAAUGACUUAUGUUCAACUGGUGAGGACUUGAGUUUGAUCACAUGUUCAUCAUCGGAGAACUACCAAAACCCUUCCCGUGAAUCAUUUCCAAAUCCCACAUCCCACCUUCCCCCAACUCCUGUUUAUACCGUAGUAGAGGAUGUCGAUAGACAAAACAGCCUCGUACUAACGCCAAAUUCAAUACCUACCCCGCAGCUGGCAAUCUCAAAGGACAUGCCGACACCUGAUGGCUACCUGACCCCAGACCUUUUGGGAAAUAUUACACCAUAAACAUGCAAUGACCUUCUAAAAUUAUUCAGUCAACAACAGCGACAAA